GAACAAUACCCAUCCAUGGAGACUUAAUGACACAUUACUCACAAAGCCAGACACAGCAACCACCAUACAGAAAGACAUAGAAGCCUACUUCACGGACAAUCCCCCAGAAGACACAAGCGUAGAAAUAGUAUGGCAGGCUCACAAGGAUGUCAUUAGAGGCACAAGCAUCAAACUGGCCAGUUAUCAGCAAGAGCAGCGUAAACAGCGAUACAUCCAGCUCAUAAAUGAUAUCACAGACCUAACGCACAAAAACAAAUUAUACCCAUCAAAGGACACACAAACGCAACUGACCGCCUUACAAAAAGAUGGAUCGAA